GAAAGGUACGUAUUUGUUUAAAAUAGUGCAAUAGUUCAUUUAAAAUAGUGCAAAAGUUUGAAACUCCCGUGCCUUUUCAUGUCUUGCAGGCGCUUGGGUACGAAAGCAGUAAUUUCUUUGCCGGUGAUUUUUUGCUUCUAAAACGUACCGUGUAAGAGUAAACAAACAUGAGUUCUAGCCAAAGCUCGGAGCCAGCUCAAAGUGAAAACGGGGCAGUGCAAGCACCCCGACGUCGUAAGACUACGAGCAAUGAGGAUAGAGAGCGCGUGGUAACGGCGUAUGAAAAUGGAGCAACCCAUGCUGCCAUUAGCCAAAUGCUCAAUAUCAAGCUUGCAACCGUCUACGGUAUCGUAAAAAAAUACCAAAAAACAUUUGAAGCCGAAGCCAAGAAACGUGGUGGCAACAGGGAGAAGUUAUUAUCGCAGCAAGCCAUAAGCGAUCUGCAAUCCUGGAUCAAUGACGACUGUACGGUGACGUUGAAAUCACUGCAACAAAAAUUGAUGCAGGAACACGGUGUGCGAGUUUCAACAACGACCAUAGCGAGGGAAAUAAAAGGCUUCAACUACUCCUUGAAAAUGUUGAAGCUAAUACCGGAGCGGCGUAACACACCGACGACCAUCGAGGAUCGCAAAAUGUACGCCACUCAAUUUUAUGACGUGGCGCGCGAAAUUCCUGACAGUGGCCUAGUUUACCUGGACGAAGUUGGAUUUAAUGUCAGCAUGCGCACGCUCAAAGGACGAUCUCGGAAAGGUACGCCGGCCACCGUCACCGUACCACAGCUAAGGACCAGGAACAUCUCCAUCAUCUGUGCGAUGAAUAGAUACGGUGUGCUGCAUUACACCGUACACACUCGGUCCGUGAACCGUGAACUGUUCGUACAGUUCAUCGAAGAGCUGAAGAGCACAUUGCGUUCCAAAAGUAUAAGCAGAACAUAUCUCGUAAUGGAUAAUGUGGCUUUCCACAAAACGCUAGAUGUAAGAAUCGCUAUCGGAAAUGAUGAAGACAAACCGUUAUAUUUACCGCCCUACUCACCUUUUUUAAACCCCAUUGAAAAUCUUUUCAGCAAAUGGAAAAAUUUCGUACGACGAACAAAUCCUGAAAACGAGGAUCAAUUAAUGGAAGCAAUAAGAAAUAGCUCGAGCCUGAUUACCGCACAGGAUUGCGAUGGCUACAUUUCGAAUAUGUGGCAAUAUAUGUCCCGCUGUUUGAGAGGCGAGGAAAUUUUAGAUUAAGUUUUAGAUAAUAUAUUAGAUAGUAAGAUGUUAGGUUUAAUGUGUUAAUUAUUUAUCUAGUAAACUGACGACUCUCUUGAAAAGAACAAAUGGAAUCAAUUUUUCUUAACUAACCCAUAUCGCUUUUCAUGUUU